GAUGUCGCGUACACUCCGCCACGGGCAUCAAUUCCAAGUAUGUUUUGUAUUGAAUUCCGCAUACUCCGUAUGCUUUUAAAUUAGCAUCAUGUAUGCUGAAUUCCUUGACUGCGUACUGAAGUUGAAUUGCUUCCCUAUCAUAUCUGACUUCCUUGUAACUAACGGAGCUCUCACUUGUCUCAAAGUGUGUGGCCCACGGAUUUCUAAAUCCCAUGCAUAUGCCACCAAAUCUCAGUCAAGACGCGUAUUCUGUUACAUCGAAUUCUCUUUUUCCUGUUUUUUUUUUUGCAUGCGUCAUUCAUCGUGCACCUAGCCUUUCAGCCUUCCUUGGUCUUUUCCCAUCACCAAUCCACAUUAUAUCCAUGUCAUAUACUUUAAAUUCUAAUCUAUAAUUCUCUCAUACGGAUUCAUCUCCUUACACAAUGUAUAUCUUCAACUAUCCAAAAUAUCCUUUGCUUGUGAUUCUUCUCCUUUUAGGGUAUUGUGGCCAAUUGGCCUUUUGCCUAGGAGCGCUGAAAGUGAUAAGUGACAGGAACCCUAUCAAGGCAUCUUCAACAAGCCUGAGAGAGCAUGACUUGGCAAUGAUCAUCUCAGACCCUGCUGGGAGCGAGACGGAGAUCUUCUCCGAAGCUUUGAAGCUGAUUGCUUCCAUUCAGGAAUCAACAUCCUGCUAUAAGCUCGCAACCGCACACCUUUUGGUUUCUUGUAGGGAAUUUGACGGAUCAGUGAAGGGUCCUGGAACUUUAGCAAAAGCUAACCCCACUCCGAUCACUUUGGAGAACAUCAAAGAGAUCUAUGCCGCUCGGCUUGCUAUAUGUGAGCUCCAAGGAGCUGGUGCCCCAGUACCGACUCAGUGCUCGCCCUUGGUCCCUCAAAAGGGCGAGAAGCAAAAGCCACAUUUGAGAAGAUUGAUGCACUCAUUGACGAAGCAGAGGAAAGGCGAUACCGGCGAAGAAGAAUUUGACAGCGCCGUCGAGAAUGGCCUAAGCCAGUGUUUAAAGAGCCUGGAAUCACGACCACAAUGGUGGAUGAGCUACAGCAAUAGCAGACAGAAUGCAGUCAUCAUGUGUCAGGCAGCACGGGCUGAGGUCGAGAAAGAUGAGCUGCUGGAAAUUCACCGGACUAUGGCAGGAGUGGCUUCUGAAAUCAACGGCGCGCUCUCGAAAACUCUCAAAGUCUCCAAAGCUGAGAUUCAUGAUCAGAAAGCAUUCGCAGAGAUUGUCAAGGCAUUCCAAAAGUCAAUUGUUCAGGAUAUGGAAGCAACCAAGCUGUGGAGCCAGAGCUUCUUUAAACAAUUAGUCAAUGAUAUGGGAGACAUCAUCUUGGUAUUUAGGAAGCAGGCCACAUCCGCUGGAGAGGCGGUUACCCAAGAGCUCCAGCACAUGAAAAGUAAUAUUCAGGCUUCUGUCAAGGAUAUCCAGCAGCUGCGUGGAAAUUUUGCUCAGGUUUUUGAAGAUGCAAAAUCUCACAGUUCCGAGUUUGCAAAGAGUCAAUCUGAGGAUCUGACUACAAGCCACGAGUUGAUAUCGGGUCUCCAAGAAACACUAGUAGUGAUCAAAGACGCUGAAAUGCAGGGACUCUUGAGCGUCAUUGGAGAUAUACAAUCUCAUUUGAAAGUCUCCAAUGAUUUGGUAUCCGUAAUGCAUGAACGGCAAAAUUCUUUGGACGGGCGCAUUGAAACGUUAAACAAGGCAUUUGAGCAGCUUGAAGCCAAAGCAAUCUCUUUUCACGCUGCACAGAGUCAACAAGCGGAGACCCAAAACCAGCUUGGCGAGUCCCUUCGUUCAGACAUCCUACUCGCGCAAUCCCUUCUCUCCCAAGUGAAUGCCGCCGCAAAGAGCCUGCAAUCUACUGUCGAAGAGACAUCGGCCCGUGUCAGCGAACUGGGGCUUUUCUCGGGACUAUCUGGCACUGGAGGCCGAUGGAGCUGGUUGAUGAUGGUCACAAUAGGCUUUGCUCUUUUCAGCCGGAGAACUGCUGGAGCAAUAGCCAUCACUGUUGGCGCUUUUUCUGCCGGCAAAGCGUUAUAUCACCCCUUAGUGAAGCUUGGACAGCCGGCGCAAUCUCAACUUAACACUACCAGCCUCGAAGGAAUACAGGACAGUCAUCUUGCCCACGGCCCUCGGCUAGUUUUCUUGCUUUAUAUUCUGGGCGUGGUGAUAGUGGCUACAGCCAUUAUCAUCAUCAUCUAUAUCCUCUUUUAUAAUCGUCCAAAAAUCGACUCUGUCCGUUCCGAAGAAAAGCCAAAGUCACCGAACGAAGGAGGUGAAACAGCUACUUAAAAUAUUUUUUGAUAUCCGGGGUCUUUGAAAUUGCGACAUUUCCUCACUUGCUGCCUUCUUGUUAGCAUACCCCUCGACUGGCAAUCUUGGCUUUCUUCUGAUAUUCUCUUUUUUGCUUAACUUAUCUCUGCUUGAUCUUUUGGGACUCCCGUGCUUUGAAAUGGCGCC